CAAGAAGAUUGGGUCCUUUCCCAGCAGGGCGGGCCUACUACAGGAUGACUCAGGCUGUCUGAUUAGAGCCUGGGGGCCUGGGCAGGGCCAACUGUGCCACCGCCAUCCCUAGGCCGCCACUCAGAGCAGGUCAGCAUCAUGUCCAGCCUUCAGCCCUGAAGCCACUUUGGGUCAUGAGGAGGAGCCCCACAGAGGUGACUGCUGAGGAGCCAGCCACCAUGGGGCAGGGUCCUGUGGGGUCCCCAGAAGACUGCAGCCACAAGGACAAGGUCCAGAGCAGGGCCCAGAGCUUGCCCACUGGCCAGGAACGAGCAGGAUCCAAGGAAGCCCAGGCAAUGGUCAGAGGCGAUGCUGCUUCUCCCAUCUGCAUCACCAGGCUGGCUGCUGGGACCCCUCCUAGCCAGAUGGCUGUGUAUCCCAUAGAUCUGACCCUGCACCUGCAGGCCGUGUGGAGGAAAAGUGGACUGCAGAACCCCAGCCUACAGCAGGCCCUGCGGGACCGACUCCGCCUGCUGGAGAAUGACAGCCGGGAGGUGGCCCAUGUGCUUGGGGAACUGUCAGCCAGGCUACUGUCCAUCCACAGUGACCAGGACCAGAUAAUGGUGACAUUUAAGACGUUUGAAGAAAUCUGGAAGUUCUCCACCUAUCACCUCCUUGGUUUCACCCACCACUGCUUGCAGAACCUCCUGGUGGACCAGAGCUUCUGGCUGCUCUCACCAAGUGAGGAGGAGGAGACGGCCGUCUUGGUGCAUGUGAAGAAGGAUGCUUUGAAACUGACACACAAGAACCUCCUCACCCAGGAAGGGCCCUUCUUUGUCCUGUGUCCUGACAACCAUGUGACAGCAUCAACAGGACCCUGGGCUGUAGGGAAGGGUCCCCAGCCCUUCAGGCGGGCUUCAGGAAGCCCCGUGGAAGAGGUGGCCCCAGAAGCAGACUGUUCAUCUCCCAAGCCCAGCAGAUCCUCUGAGCAGGCAGCAGUGGCUGAGCUGGAACCCUUGACUCCCUUCCACCAGUGGGCUCUCAGGGUCCCCUGGGACCCCAUCGAGGACUCCAUGCAUGAACCUGGGACUCCUGACAUCCCACUAAUUGGCCUUGGCCUAGCCUCCGCAGUGGAAGACUGCCAGGGCUUGGGGCCUGAAGAGAUGUCCUUCUGCAGUGGUGAUGUCAUCCAGAUCCUGGGUGCCCAGGUGCCUGGCUUGCCCUGGUGUGUGGGCCAGCACGUGGCCUCGGGCCAGGUGGGCUUUGUGAGGACUGGCCUCAUCAGCACACAGGGCUCAGCGUCUGACCUAGAAUGUGCGAUUUUCCUCAGUGAGGAAGAAAGGCUGUUCUUCAGCAGCCAGGGCCGUUUCUCUGAGGAGGAUGCCCGGCGGCUCCUGAGCAGGACAUCGGGCACAGAUGUGUGCACCACCUGUAGCCUGGACUGGUUUGAAGAAGCUGAGGGUGAGCAGCUGGAGGAGCAAGAAAUGCCUCUACCUUGUCUGAAUCCAGAGCCACAUGACACCCUGCAGAUGGUGAAGGAUAUUCUAGAACAGUGCAAGGCCUGCUCAGACAAUUCCAGGGAACCAAUGUCCUGGGGACUUGGGGAAACAUCUAGCAGAGUGAACUCUCCAGAUCCUGAAGAAGCCCCCUUCUGUCUGGACCCUGAAGAUGACUGGACAGACCCCAAGGCCCUGGAUUCGUUGCUGCAGGUCCUGAAUGGCCCCAGGUAUGAGGCCCACUUCCGGGGUCUGUAUGACAUCUCACUGCCUUGGCUGAGUACUGUGCUGUGUGGCUUUGAUGAUGAGGAGGAGCUGGCUGGACACUUGGCACAGGCCCGGGGGAUAGCCAAGAAAGCGGGCCUGGGUAUGGCCCUGGCCAGGCUCUGCCUCCUGCUGGGGAGGCUGUGUGCCCGCAAGCUCAAGCUAUCCCAGGCCAGGGUGUACUUUGAGGAAGCCAUGGGAGCCCUGAAGGGCAGCUUUGAGGACCUCUUCCUAGUGGUGGCAGUGUAUGCCAGCCUGGCCACCGUGUACCUGAAGCAGAAGAACAGAGAGAAGUGUGCACAGGUGGCCCCCAAAGCUGCAGCCUUGCUCCUGGGAACGCCAGACCACGCCUGCAGCACAGAGGUGGAGCUCUUGAAGUAUGCACUACGAAGGGUCAUCUGUGGACGGAGCCUGCAGGCUGAGGCCCGAGCCUGCUUCUUGCUAGCCAAGCACCAUAUCCAUCUCAAACAGCCAGAGGAGGCCUUGCCCUACCUGGAGAGACUAUUGCAUCUACACAGGGAUCUGGGGUCCUCGCAGGCCUCAUGGCCCAAGGACUGUUACCUGCUCCUGGCAGACAUCUAUGGCCGGAAGUGCCUGCCCCACCUGGCCCUGAGCUGCCUCAGGGUGGCUUCCCUGUGGACCCAGGGCUCCCUGGCUGGGUCCCUGAGGAGUGUGGACCUAGUGCUCCAGAGUGUCCCUGGGCCAAACAGCCAGAGGACAGCCCACAGCCUUCCCUCCCAGAUUGCCCACUACCUCAGGCAAGCUUUGGCUUCCCUGGCCCCAGGCACAAGGCAGGUGCUGCGUGGCCCUCUCUACGCCAGCCUAGCCCAGCUGCACAGCUGCCACAAGCAGUAUGGCCAGGCCAUUGCCUUCAUGACCCGAGCCGUGGAAGCUGACACUGCAGCUGGUGUCCGCACUGUUGUGGACCGCUUGGUGGUUCUUGCCUGGUUGUAUAUGCUUCAUGGGCAGAGCUGCGUGGCCCUGGACAUCCUGGAGUCCAUCUCAGAUGCCGCUGUGGCCAGUGAGGACCAGGAUGGUAUAAUUUCCAACAUGGCGGCCAUAGCCCUGAAGAGAACUGGCAGGACCAGGCAGGCAGCUGAGAGCUACUUCAGAGCCCUGCGUGUGGCCCGUGACUGUGGCCAAAUGAAGAACCAGGCUGUGGUCCUGGCCAACUUUGGAGCCUUGUGCCUGCAGGCUGGCGCAGGCAGCUUGGCCCAGCACUACCUGAGGGAGGCUGUGGGACUUUUCUCCCAGCUGCCGAGUGGGGCGUGUGGCCAGGACUUCACCCGGGUACUUCUGUGGAUGGGGCACCUGUACAGCCGCCAGGCCCUCACCCAGCGGGCCAAGUGCUACUAUGAAUGGGCCUUUUUCGUUGCUGUGGAGACUGACCACUUAGAGAGCCAGCUGCGGGCUGUGCAGAAGUUGUGCCACUUCUAUAGCAAGGUUGUGCCCAACGAGGCACAGUGUGUCAUCUAUCACGAGUUCCAGCUUGCGCUGGCCCGCAGGGCGGCUGACAAGGUGUUGGAGGGACAGCUCCUGGAGGUCAUCAGCAGGCUCUACUUGUCGCUGGGCACCGAGCGGGCCUACAAGUCUGCUCUGGAGUACACUAAGCGGAGCCUAGGGGUAUUCAUCGACUUGCAGAAGAAGGAGAAGGAGGCGUAUGCCUGGUUGCAGGCAGGGAAGAUCUACUACAUCCUGCGUCAGAAUGAGCUGGUGGACGUGUACAUCCAGGUGGCCCAGAAUGCAGCCCUGUACACGGGGGACCCCAAGCUGGGGCUAGAGCUAUUUGAGGCAGCUGGAGACAUCUUCUUCAAUGGAACCUGGGAGCGAGAAAAAGCUGUGUCCUUCUACCGGGACCGGGCGCUGCCCCUGGCUGUGACUGUGGGAAACCGAGAGGCAGAGCUACGGAUCUGUAACAAGCUGGUGGCACUGCUGGCUGCAUUGGAGGCACCCCAGGAGGGCCUGGAGUUUGCCCAAGAAGCCCUGUCACUCAGCAUCGCCCUAGGUGACAGGCUGAAUGAGCGUGUGGCCUACCACCGGCUAGCUGCCCUGCACCACCAGCUGGGUCAUGGUGAGUUGGCUGAACACUUCUACCUCAAGGCCCUGUCACUCUGCAACUCACCCCUGGAAUUUGAUGAGGAGACCCUGUACUACGUAAAGGUGUACCUAGUACUAGGUGACAUCAUCUUCUACGACCUGAAGGAUCCCUUUGACGCAGCUGGGUAUUACCAGUUGGCACUGGCAGCGGCCGUGGACCUGGGCAACAAGAAGGCACAGAUGAAGAUUUAUAUGCGCCUGGCUACCAUCUACCACCAUUUCCUCAUGGACCGUGAGAUGUCCCUCUUCUUCUACCAAAAGGCGAGGACCUUUGCCUCUGAGCUCAAUCUCCGGAGAACUAACCUGGUGCCCCAGCGUUUCUGCAGCCAGACACCCUGGCUGGCACCUGCCCACCCACCCUGACGCCCUCAAGAAAUAAGAUCUGUGAAAAAGAGACUUGCCUCGCCUAGGGGCUUGGGCAGCUUAUUUUCUGGGAAAAGGAGACUUCAAGGGCCAAACUUCAAUAAAUGUUUUUUAGCAAAUGUC